UCUCCCUCUCCCUCUCCUCACUUGCUCUUGGCACUCGUCGCAGUGAUGUACCAGCUCCCGGGAGUCCUGCUGUGUGCUUCUCCUUCGUCCUCGUCCUUGUCCUCCUCGUCUCCGUCCUCCUCCUCGGCUACGGUUCACACGCUCCGGGCUGAGAGCGGGGGCCGCGGCCCAGCAGGGGUCUCCCUCAGCGCCUCCCCCGGGAGACGGGGGCUCCGGACGGCAGGGUCCCGGGUAGCAGGACCUCUGGCGCGGUGAAGCCUGGAUGUGGAGGCCACAACGCGAGGCGAGGCAUGAUCGACUGGCCCAACGUGACGGUGGCGGCCCAGCUGGCCCCGCUGGCCCCGCCCCCCGGGCCGGAGGAGCUGAAGAGGUCCAAGUGCGUCCUGGGCCUCAUCCCCGUGGUGUACUACAGUGCCCUGCUCUGCGUGGGGGUACCAGUAAACGUCCUGACGGCGGUGGUGUUGUCACGCCUGGCCUGCCGCACCCAGAAGACGCUCUACUACUACCUGCUGGCCGUGACGGGCUCCGACAUCCUCACGCAGCUCUUCAUCAUCUUCGUGGGCUUCCUGCUGGAGACGGCGGUGUUCCACCGCGAGGUCCCGGCGCUGCUGCUGCAGGCCGUCAGCGCCGCCGAGUUCGCCGCCAACCACGCCUCCAUCUGGUCCACCGUGCCGCUGACGGUGGACCGCUACGUGGCGCUGUGCCACCCGCUGCUCCACCGCCAGAUCAGCUACCCGGAGCGCGCCCGCCGCGUCAUCGCCGCCGUGCUGGCGCUCUCGCUGGCGUCCGGCGUGCCGUUCUUCUGGUGGUCCGACGUGUGGCGCAGCAGCCGGGCGCCCUCGGCGCUCGACGCCGCGCUCAUCUGGACGCACGUGGUGCUCAUCUACUUCCUGCCCUGCAGCAUCUUCCUGGUGCUCAACUCGCUGAUCGUCCGCACGCUGAGGGCCAGCCACCGGCGGCAGCGGGGCCCCCGGCCGGGGGGCGGGGAGCCGGUCGGCGGGGGCUGCCAGGAGGACGCGGGCCCCCAGCGGCGGCGGCGGCAGCGGCGCCUGGGGAAGACCACGGCCAUGCUGCUGGCCAUCACGUCGGCGUUCAGCGUGCUGUGGGCGCCGCGCACCGCCGUGGUCAUCUACCACCUGUACGGCUCCUCCGUGCACCUGGACUGGCGCGUGCACCUGGCCUACGACCUCAGCAACAUGCUGGCCAUGCUCAACACCGCCGUCAACUUCUUCCUGUACUGCUUCGUCUCACGGCCGUUCCGCGAGACCGUGCGCUCCGUGCUGCUGCUGCCCUGGGCCCCCGUGGCCCGCUGCCAGCGGGGGGCCCUCCGUCGCCAGCCGGCCCCCGCCCACGCCUCUGUCUCCUCGCUCUGCAGCGGGAAGUACAAGCGGUCCCAGCGGGAUGGCGCCGGACAGAUGUCCCUCCGAGGGGCCAGCCAUGCCGUGUGACCCUGUAGAGCCCCCCCCCUCUCACCCCUCCAUCCCUCCGACCUCUGACCUCUGACCCGGACGCCAUCCCAAACACACAUGUUUUGUUGCUUCUGCUCUCCAUCUGCAGGAGCCAUCGUCCCACGGCCAGGGGCCCCUGAAGCCCCGCCCCUCCUGCUCCGCCGUCGGCAGCCAAUCAGCUUCAGGGCUCCUCUGAACUCCAGCGAGCAGCCUGGAGCUGUUGUUCUGUGGUUUUAUUUUGGGUUUUGUUCCGUUUUAGUUUGACUUUUGAGGGGGUUUUCUUGUGUCUUUCUUACUAAUCUGCGUUUCUUUUCACAUGAAUUAGUUGAAGUACACGACCGUUUUAUUUGUUGUUUUAACGAGACCCCGGAUGAUUAAAUCUGUGACUAUUCUGGGUUGUUAUGUAAACCGAGACUAAACCAACCGACUCUCCGUCGGAAGAGUCCGAGGGUUGGCGGAGAUGCGUUCCAUAUCCAGGAGCAGGUGGCAUUCAGAGAGAUUAAAUCAAAGCGUCUGGAGCCGUCCUGAGAGGCCUGACAGACACCGGAGAGCCGCAGGACAACCUGCCAGAGACAGGAUGCACUCACAGCCAUUUGUAUCAAUGCUGCCUCAUCACGGCUCUCCUUCUCUCCAUCCACUGAAAGUAGGGCCUCCAUGUCCCCCCCGUCUCCCGGCGGGGGGGGGGGGGGGGGGGUCGCUCCAGGCUCUGUUGAUUCUUCGUGCGAUUGCAAACAUGAUGGAGCGGCCGAGGGGGCUGCGGUCCAAUCAGCAGGGGGGAGAUCCGGCCUCCGCCUGCACCUGCACACACAGCCCCCGCUAAACAAACCACGGGGAGCACGGGCACGGGGCACUCACACACACCCACACGCGCGCACAUACACGCAGACACACACACACACACACUCACCACACACACGCGCACACACACACACACACACGCACACUGUGCGUGUGUAUCAAAUGUUCAAUACACACAGAGACACACUGAUGCACAUUCAAUAUGUAUAUACUCAUGCACACACACAUGCAGACAGUCACACUGAUGCACACACACACACACACACACACACACACACACAAAUCAAAUGUUCAACAUGCAUGUCCACUCAUGCACACAGAUGCAAACAGUCACACACAUGCAAUCACUCACAAACACACACACACACAAUUAAAAUGUUCAUCAUCAUGCAUAUACUCAUGCACACACACAUGCACACACAGUCACACACAUGCACAUGCGGCCCCACACAACCACACACAUGUACACAAGCAUGCACAUGAUGCAUGCAUGUAUGAACGGCACCUAAACCACCUAUUGAACACACACCGACUAUAAACACAUUUUUAAAUGCACAGACAAACCAAGAUGCCGGGAAAACGCACACACACACACACACACACACACACACACACACACACACACACACACACACACACACACACACACACACACACACACACACACACACACACACACACACACACACACACACACACACACACACGGGAGUGAAUGUCCGCACGAGUGGACUUGUAGGUACUGAUGCAUGCCCUCCUGCAGAAGUGCUUUUCUACAAGUAGCCCUUAUGUCCUCACUCGUUAACCUUUGCUCCAUUUCAGUCAGUAGGAUUCUAUCAGAGGGAUGACUGUCAGUAUUGCUAUGAGUUAUUGCUUUUAAAGUGCUUCUAAAUCUGGGUCGGAUGGCAAAAGCUAUACAUUAUUAAAUGGGUAUUGAUGGGGUUUGCUAAAGAACUAUUAUUCAACUUUGGUUGAUAUCUUGAGUAUGUAGAUGUAAAAAUGUUGAACAAGUGUGGCGGGUGUUUAAAGUGUUUAAACUCUCAAAAUCACUCCAUGUUAUAGGCCUACCUGACGAAACGUUGGAUAGUUCCUUUUCCGAACAUAUUUUUGGCGAAAUCCAGUGUCACCAUGGUGUAUACGCCGGCUACGAUAAUGAUAUCAAUCCAUGUUCUUUUAUUUGAUCUCCCAGUCUAACACGCUUGUGUACUCUUAUCACAGCAGACACGAUAAGCGACCCGAAUGAGGGAUGAUGCCUUGAUCACUAAGGACAGGUGCUUCAAGUGCUUCGACUAUGUAUCGAAGCACCUGGGCACACCUCCGCGGGGCGCAGGCGGUCUGAGUCCGUGUUCCAUGGAGCCCCGCGUCUCGGCGUGACUCUGCAUCGCUCUGCUCGCUUCGCACCCUGUUACAGCGACCCUGCUGUGCCCGGAAAUGCCGCGGCGCAGCAGCUGUACGCAUUAUUGACCAACCUUAGCCAAAACAUCUACUGCUGUGUUCCUAAACAACCGCUGGCGAUGGAGGAGGAUGUGGCUCCGCGGGCUCUAGCGACUGAAUAAACAGCCGCUAUAAUGAUGUGGUCAGGCACGGCGACGGGCCGCACGUCGUGCAUGAAUGAAGGCUUUUUACGAGGUUGGAGCGCAGCACGCAGCUGAAGGGACAGAGGAUUAUGACAUCGCCCGUCAGGGAGGAGGAGGUCGUGCUGGUGGGG